AUGAAAAAAUGCAAGCAACGUGAUCCAUCAAAACCGAUAGCAUUCAACGGAUCAUGCAUUGCUUCUGCAAUCGAAGGGCUCAAAACGCCGUAUGAUCAGUACUUCACAAAUGUGAUGACGAAGAGAUCGUCUGGAAUUGAUCAAUCUGGCGGGAUUAACUGGCCAGCUUUACUUGCACUAGCUAUCAUAUGGAUACUUGUUGGUUUGAUACUGUUAAAAGGCUACGUUUACCUUGGAAAAGCAGCAUAUGUUUUUUCUAUAGCUCCUUUUGCAAUCGUUUUCGUUGUGUUCUGGCGUGCCAUUACGUUAGACGGUGCAAUAUUUGGAGUAUACUACUACUUUGGUACACCAGAUUUCCACUUGCUGCUUCAUCACGAGACUUGGAUGGAAGCUUUGAUGCAAGUGUGCUUCAACCUUAACGUCGGUUACGGGGGAAUAAUUGUUGUUGCUUCUUACAACAGAAGAAAAAACAACUGUUACAAGGCUAGCACUUAA